AUGGCACCAGUAUCGAGUGAUGACGACCAACAUUGUUUAAAGAAAUUACCCUCGAAGGAGAUAUAUGCUAAGUUCGAUGGGGCUGCGAGUCCGUCUGAUUGCAAAUUUAAGGGAACUAUAGACACUGAUUUAUGGAUUUUUCCCCAUCCGAAAGCGCGUAGGGAGGAAAUUAAGAAAGGCUUGUGCUAUGCUUCCAAGUUGGAGCAGAGUGAUUCAUUAUACCAUAAGUGUUGCGAUUAUGUUUAUUAUUGGAUUGGUGAUAUUAUGGAGGAUAGGGAAUAUGGCAGUACUGCCUUCCUUAAUGCAAUAUCAGUAGUUUAUUAUUAUUUACAAAGGUACACACCCAUGUGGAAAUGUACUAACACAUAUCGCAUCGUUGACAAUAAAACCAUUUUCCUUUACCUCAAGAAAUUAUUCGAUUAUACCCAAGACUAUAAACACAUACUGGAUGCUAUAACAAUAGCAACCGCAACAACAUCAGCAGGAUUGAAAGAUGGAAAUAAAUGUUUUGAAAAAUAUAGGGAAUAUGUGGAAGGUGCUCAGGGUGCUUGCAAUGAACUGCAGGCAGCGUGUAAUGGAUCUCCACAGAAUAAUUAUUGUUCUUUAUACAAACAAGUUUGCAAUCAUAAUAGUACCAAACCAUCAGAUCUGCUUAGUCAAUUAACUGAUGCGCAGAAUAAGAUAAAGCGGCCACAGGAGGAGGAGCAGGAAGAGGAAGUGGUCUAUGGGGUCCCAGAUUUAAUGGAGGCACAUUUAGAUUGUCUCCCCUCAAGAAUUAUGUAUAAGAAGUUCAAUGAAAAGGGGGGCGAAGGCAAGUGCGAAAAAACUAAAAUUCAAAGCGCGCAGACUGCUCUGGAGUCUGUGCUGAAUGAACAAGGGUGUGAUAAGGGAUGUGCGGAAAAAGUUCUUUUUGCGUGGUGCUACAUAAAUGGACAAGUGAAUGAUAGUAGUGACCUCAAGUAUGAGGAGCGCCAUCAUCUGUUCUAUUCGUGGUUAGGGCAGGAACUGUUAUCGCGUUCCACAGGGGGGGGUAGUUCAUUUGGGACCGUUGCAAAUAAUGUUCACACUAAACUAGAACAGAUGUUCACAGGUCAGGCGUGUGGGGACAUGUGCAAGGAUGUAUACCUAAAAGAGAAGGAGGACGACGACGACAUUUUCAAAUACAUUAAAUUAUUAGCUGAAUAUUUCACAGACUCCAAAAAGUUGAAAGAGCAAUUAGGAAAUGGUAGUGCUGAGAAGAAAUGUGAAGAGGCCUAUGAUGACCACCUAAAACAAAUUAAAAAAGCAUGUACUGCUAUACAAGAAAAAUGUUCCAAUGGUAGUGGGAAUGAGCAAUAUUGUAAGUGGUUCAAGGAAUACAAUGAGAAAAAUUGGGAAAGUGAUGCUAAAAAUUACUGUGAUACUGAAACGCUGGAAAAAUUAACAUGCAAACCAGUGAAGUGGAACCAAGCCGGUUCUUCCGGUGCUGGUUCCCCUGUAACUUGCAAUUCAGCUUCUUCGGAACUUGGAGACCAAGCUAAAAGUGCUAGUGCUCUUGGUGGUGACCCUGGAAGUGGUGUUGAACCUGGUGGCGUGGUUGGUGGUGUAUUAGGUGCUGUAGGUCUACCUGCCGUUGCUUUGGCGUUAUAUAAAUAUACUGAUGUAUUUGAUGGAAUAAAAAAAUCCCUCUUUGGUGGCAGUAAUAAUACAAGAGGAAGGAAUAGGGGAAGAGAAAGAAGAUCUACCAUUGGACGUAAUCAUAAUUUUGACGGUUUUGAUUCUUCUACAAUGGGAGAUGAUUCUUCCACCUUGGGUGGUGAUGGUUCCACCACCCUAGGUGGUGGUGGUGGGGAAUCGUCCACCUUAGGUGGUAGCUCCACCGAUGUUUCUACCAUCUAUAAUGAUGAUGAUGGAGGACGACGUCGACCAACCGGAAGAACACGGACAGGAACAAAUAAUAGAAGACCAGGAAAUAUACGUUAUUAUGCUACGUAA